AUGUCAGCGCAAGACCACCUAUCUACAUAUUUCGACCCACCUCCUUCAUCUUCAUCGGACAAAGAAUGGAAGACCUUAUUAGAAAGAUUAGAAUUGACUCAUCCAACGAUUAAUGAGAUUGACGAGAAUGAUCAAGAGGAAAUUGCAGAACCGGUUUAUGGAACUAUCACUUGGCCUAGUAUAUUGGAUUAUCUCCCUUCGGAUCAUUCGCAUAUCGCUGAGAACGAUGCUGCUGCUGCUGCUGGGGCUGGACCUUCGACACCUGGUUCCCGUCAGGUGGAUGAGGGGUACCACCAGAAUGGAUCUGGAAAUGGAGGGAGGGAGAGUUUCGGUGGUGAUUUGGUAAAGAGAAUACAGAAUCACCUUCCUGUUCAAAGCACUUUCACCUCCUUGAUUGCACUCCUAUCGACCUCUAAAUCAAACGAUGAGAUUCAAUCUGAAUUAAUAGAAAUAAUGGGUUUCGAAGGCAAUGGGUUGGAAUUGGUAGAAGAGAUCUUGAAACCAGGUGCGAGGGAGAUGAUCGUUGAUGAAGUUGGAAGUGGUGGAUCUAAAUCCAAAUCUCAAUCGUCACCCACCUAUCUCCCCACAAAUCGAAUGUCAGUCAGAGCCGGUAAAGGUAAAGAAAGGAAACAUCAAAUCGACAUAUCCGACGUGAUUGGUUCUGCUGAAGAUAUAGAAAGGAGAAUACAAGAACAGUUGGAAAGGCCGAAGGCAAUGUUCUCGGAAGAUGGCCCCCGAUUAAUCGAUCAAGAGGUCUUACCGCAUGUGUAUACGGCAACUGGUUCGAAAGCUGUCAAUACCUCUUAUGGAGGUAAGAUGGCUUUACCGAUGGGAACUCAGAGACAUAUCAACGAUACCUUCGAAGAAGUCACUGUACCUCCAUCGAACCCUGUUCCACCAAAACGUAAUGAAAGGCCGGUGAAGAUAUCGGAAUUACCUCCACUAGCUAGAGGAUGCUUCAAAUAUGUUGAGCUCAAUAGGAUGCAGAGUAUCGUUCAGCCGACUGCUAUGAAUACGAAUGAAAAUAUGCUUGUUUGUGCUCCUACUGGUGCUGGUAAAACAGACGUAGCCAUCAUGUCAAUUAUUAGAGUUCUCUCUCAACAUGUGACACCAGGACCUUCCACUCAUCCUUCAGGAUUCAACUUGAACCGCGAUGCUUUCAAGAUCAUCUACGUCGCACCUAUGAAGGCAUUAGCGGCGGAGAUCGUCGCCAAGUUUGGUAAAAGAUUGGCAUGGUUAGGUGUGAAAGUGAGAGAAUUGACGGGUGAUAUGCAAAUGACUCGUCAGGAGAUCAACGAAACUCAAAUUAUCGUCACUACGCCUGAGAAAUGGGAUGUCGUGACUAGGAAACCUACUGGCGAAGGUGAAUUAGCUUCGAAAGUGAAACUUCUCAUUAUCGACGAAGUGCACUUGCUUAAUGAAGAUCGAGGUGCAGUCAUUGAGACUAUCGUUGCUAGAACCCUAAGACAGGUCGAAUCUAGUCAAUCACUUAUUAGGAUCGUCGGACUGAGUGCUACGUUACCGAACUACAUCGAUGUUAGCGAUUUCCUGAGAGUCAAUCGCUAUCAAGGAUUAUUCUUCUUCGACGCUUCCUUCAGACCUGUACCUCUCGAACAGCAUUUCAUUGGAGUGGCUGGAAAGCCCAGAUCUCAGAUGUCGGCGAGGAACAUGGAUAGAGUGGUCUUUGACAAGGUAUCGGAAUUAGUCCAAGCAGGACAUCAAGUGAUGGUCUUUGUCCACGCGCGGAAAGAAACCGUGAAAACCGCUCAAAAAUUGAAAGAGAUGGCCAUCGAAGAAGGUGUAUCAACAUUCUUCGAAACUAUGGACCACCCCAAAUAUGGGUUAUAUAAGAGAGAUAUAGGGACAAGUAGGAAUAAAGAGAUGAAAGAACUGUUUGAGAGUGGUUUCGGUAUACAUCAUGCGGGGAUGCUGAGAUCGGAUAGGAAUAUGAUGGAAAGGAUGUUUGAAGAUAAUGCUAUCAAUGUUCUAUGCUGUACUUCCACCUUGGCAUGGGGUGUCAAUCUUCCCGCUCACGCUGUAGUCAUCAAAGGCACACAAGUGUACGAUAGCAACAAAGGUUCUUUCAUGGACUUGUCUGUCUUGGAUGUACUGCAGAUUUUCGGGCGAGCUGGUCGUCCGGGUUAUGAGACUAGUGGUGUAGGAUAUAUCUGUACUACGCAGGAUAAGUUGGAUCAUUAUCUACACACCAUCAUGGCCCAGCAUCCCAUUGAAUCGAAAUUUAUCCCUGGUAUGGUCGAUUCUCUGAACGCGGAGAUAUCUUUGGGUACCAUCGCGAAUGUCUCGGAAGCUAUACAAUGGCUGGGUUACACGUAUCUGUUCGUUCGAAUGCGAAAAGAGCCUUUCAUAUAUGGAAUGCCUCAUGAUGUCACGAAAGACGAUCCUCAACUAGGUAACAAACGAAAUGAACUUAUCUCGCAGGCUGCACGAUUACUCCAAGCUGCCAAAAUGAUCCGAUACGACGAGAUAGCCAAUACAUUUGCCGUUUCUGACUUGGGGAGGAUAGCCGCGAAGUAUUAUCUGCGAUAUCAAACUAUAGAAGUUUUCAAUACGAAAUUCAACCCUAGAAUGAGUAAUGCAGAUCUAUUCCAAAUGCUCUGUGAAGCUACUGAGUUUGAUCAAAUUCAACUUCGAGAGAACGAAGUAGAAGAGCUGGAAGCUAUCAACAAGAGCGAUGUGAUCCCAUUGGAAGUCGCUGGUGGAGCCACGGAUAAGCGUGGAAAGGUCAACAUCCUGCUACAAGCUCAUGUAUCCAAAGUCUACAUGGAAGACUUCGCCCUUGUAUCUGAUGCAGCUUAUGUCGCUCAGAACGCUGCUCGUAUCAUUCGAGCAUUACUGGAGAUCGCUCUUAGUCGGCAUUGGGCAAACUGCGCGUAUCUCCUAGUGGAGCUUAGUAAAUGUAUUGAACAGAGACAAUGGGUAUACGAUCAUGGUUUAGCCCAACUCAACAUCCUACAACGAGAUACCUUACACAAGCUCAAUCAAUAUACCACGGACGACAUGACCAUCGCCGAUUUCCGCAAUAUGAGUGCUGCUGAAUUAGGUGAAUUCAUACAUAUGAAUGAGAAACACGGUCAAGCUGUUUUGGAUGCUGCCAAUAUGUUCCCUACGGUCGGUAUGACCUACAAGCUCCGUCCUAUCAGUCAUGAUCUGCUUCAAAUCAGUGUCAAGGUCGAGCCUCAAUUCAAAUGGAGCAACAAGAUAUCAGGCGGAAGUGAGCCAUUCUACGUAUGGGCUCAAGAUGAAGAAGGUCUGAAGAUAUACCAAUGGAGAAGUGUCAGAAUUCAACCUACCACAUCUGUGAUCGAACUUGACUUCGUCUUACCAUUUGAUGAUACACCGCCAUCUUUGAUCUCUAUUGUAUCCAUCUCCGAUAGAUGGCUUUGGUCUCAUGAACAGAUCACCAUCGACUUGGCCGACCUUGUUAUGCCUCCUGCGCCAGCGCCUUCUACGGACUUGUUGGAUAUCCCCUUCCUGCGACUUUCGUGCUUUAACGACCCUACGCUCGAAGCAGCUUAUAGAACCAAUAUGUCGACUUUGAACAGUAUACAGACUCAAGCGUUCUGGACUAUGUAUAAUACUAGUGUGAACGCACUCAUCGCUGCUCCUGUAGCAAGCGGAAAGUCCUUCUUGGGUGAAGCUGCUAUCUGGAACGCAUUCCGUCACAGCAAAGAAGGACUGGUCUUGGCUAUUUUACCUCAGCAUCACGCCGUCCACGAGACUGUCGCCCGCCUCCGAUCGAUAUGUCCCAGAGGCAAGAAUGUUGAUAUUCACUCUUUAGUCAGCUCCGCAGACUUCAGCAGACUCUCCGCUCCUAGAGGUGUCAUUGGCGUUACCACCCCCUUCGCGUUGCUCAACAACGACAAGUUGGACGACAUUCUUACCUCGUCUAGACUUGGUCUGUACGUAUUCGAAGAUCUGCAUCUUCUCGACGAAAUGUACGAGCUGUGUAUUGCCAAGAUACUCUCAUUUGCCCGAUCUCUCCGUACGAGAAUCGUCGGCAUAACUUCAUCGCUUGACAAUCCUUCGACUCUGGCUAGUUGGUUGGGAUUGGACAUCAUCGCACCGCUACUCACCGAUGGUUCAUCCGAAGUAGUACCAUACCAGCCUCCAGCAUUAUACAAUUUUACCCCUGUCGACCGAGAUAAUCCAAUCUCAGUCUCCAUCAAACCAUUCACUAUCCCUCAUGGCGCUACCCUUCUCCGCUCAAUGAUUAAAUCCACAUACGAUAUCUUGAAAUCCGUCCAUCAUACUUCCGGAGGUGCUAUCGUAUUCGUCCCGUCCCGUCAGGCAUGUAUCAACGUCUCGAACGAUCUGGUCACUCAAUCAGGUACUGAAAUGGAUUUAGAUGGAUUCUUAACUACUCCGAGAGAUCAUGUUGAACCAUUACUUGUUGGAAAGUUGAAAGAUAAAUCGCUAUACGAACCUAUCUUACAUGGUAUAGGAUACAUCCACUCGAAUCUCAAUUCAGGAGAUUUGGCACUAGUCUUGGAGUUAUUUGCCAGUGGGAUCCUCAAGGCGCUGAUAGUUCAUAGGACGUUAUGUUGGACUUUACCCGUCAAGGGAAGUACGGUAGUAGUCAUGUCUGCUCAAUAUACUCAGACUAUCCCUAUACCGGGUAAUAAGAAAACCAAAGAUGGUAAAGAAUUAUACGAAAGAAGAAUCAUCAAUUAUAGUAAUAAGGAAUUGGUCAAGAUGCAGGGAUUCGCUUCUAUCGAUGCAUCGCCUUUACAACAGGGCAAUAAUGGAGAAGGAGGAAGGAUGUUUAUAAUGUGUCAGUCUGAACAGCAGAUCUUGAUAAGUAGAGUAUUAUCAAAUGGGUUGGAAUUGGAAUCGACACUGUCAGAGGUAUUACAACGUCAAUCUCGAAAUGGACCAAUGACUUAUACCAGUAAUAGGCUAGAAGAGGUAUUGAGCAAGAAGUUGAUUAAACGUAAAGGUGAAUCACAGUACAAACAACAAGGACAAGCUCAUCGACUUAAAGUUUUGGAUCUGAGGAAGAGGGAUAUGAUGGAUUUGAUCAAUUAUAGUUAUUUGAGGGAGAGGAUCAAAGUGAAUCCUAGUUUUUAUGAUCUAUUGAAAGGGGUUGAUAAUCAGAGUGUGAGCGUUAGUAGAUGGAUAGAUGCUUGGUUUGAAGGGGUCGACGAAAAGGAAGUGAUGUCAAAUGGAGCUGAUAAGGAAAAAGGUAAAGAUAAAGGGAAGAAGAAAGAAUUAAAUGGGGAUGAUCAAGAUGGUAGUACGGACGAGGUGAAUGGCGAUGGAGUCCAAGAUGAGGGAGAUGAAGCGGACAUGGAUGAUGAUAGCGGAAGAGUAGCGGUGGUAGGUGAUCAAGUGAAUGGGGAUGCUGAGAAUGAUGUUGGAGAGAAAGACGGUGAGACGUUUGAGAAGCAUGGGGAGGAGUGA